GAUUGCUACUAACUUGCUAGGCAAAAUAAAAUAAAAAAUUGUGUUUAAAAUUAAAACGAAAAUAAAUUUCUGAUACAUAUAUUUAAUUUUUCAAAAUAUGGUCACUGGAACAUCCCACCAAAAAAACAAUAACAAUUAAGGCUCCCAUACAUCAAGACUACCGUGUGCGAUUUAGAGAAAAAUAUAAAUUUUAGUAGGUAGUAGAAAAUAUAAUUUUAUCAAAAAUUGUUCGCUGUUAAUCUAUUGAAGGUAGCUGAUGCGAUGGAUUCAGAUGAGGAUGCAUUGAACGAUAUAGACUCUGGUAAUGAAUCUAGUGGAGACGAUGUGGACUUUGCAAUGGAGGUUGAUGUACGACACGAGCGUGAAAAGAAUCAAGAUAUUGAUGAUUUUCCUUUUGAAGUUUUGUCUACUGACAAUAUUGUUCAACACAUGAUUGACUGCAUCAAGGAAGUCAAUACUGUGCUUCAAGUAAGCACAAAGACUGUUAAUUUCUAUUACCGUUAAUAUGUAUUACACAUGACCUUGUUAAAUUACAGAAUUAUCUGCCUAUGUUAUUAUGUAACGUAUAAGAUACUAUAAUAUUAAAUACAUUUGAUAUAUAUGUUUAAAAAGUGUAUAAUUACUAUAAGUCAAUAAACUAAAAAUCACAAUUACAUUAUAAAACAUUUUGUUAUUUCAGAUGCCUGCUACAACUACACGUAUUUUAUUAAAUCAUUUUAAAUGGGACAAAGAAAAAUUAAUGGAACGAUUUUAUGAUGGUGACCAAGAAAAAUUAUUUUCUGAAGCUAGAGUUAUAAACCCAUUCAAAAGAACUCAACCAAUUAUACAGAGGGUAAUGUAUCAUUUGUUAAUUUUUUUUUUUUACUUUUAUAAAAUGCAGAUAUUAAUAUUUAAUCAAUAUCAAAUUUUGAUUGGGUACCUAGUUUUUAAUUAUUUGUUAUUCAAAUUAGCCAAUUUCCAAUUUAUAGUAAAAUUAAUGAUUCCAGAAAGGAAUUAGUAACAAUAUUAGUAAAAACCCAUAUUAGUCAUGUGCUUCUAUGUGUUGUAUGUAAAUACAACUUAAGUUAUACUAUUUUGUAUCUAUAAAAUUAUAGUCAAACGAUAUGAAUUUAAUUUUUUUUCAAAAUUAUUUAUGUCUUACAGUUUUUGUUUGUUAUCUAAAAGUUAUAAACAACUGACUUCUAACGUUUCUGUAGUCAUCAAUUAAAUUGUACUUCUUAUAAGUACAUUACUUAAACAUAUAAUAUAGAGUGUAAUCAUUACUAUUAUUAUCAAGUAUACAUAGCUUUAGAAGUGCCGCCGAUAGACGUCCUCAAUCUUGCUUUUCUUCCUCGACUGUUUUUAUCACAUUUGCUUAUUGUUAUAUUCUAAUUACAGGUUGUUAAUUAAUUUCUAUUAAAAAAAAAAAAAAAAUGGAAACAGGCAGUGAUUUUAUUUGUCAAUUUAAUUAAAAUGAUAUUAUUGUAUAACUACUAUAUCAAUAUUUUAAUGUGCUAAUUCAAUAUACACAAUACAGACAAGUUUUUAGUUAAGAUGCCAACAAUAAUGAUCAAGAUGGGACUACAAAUUAUUAAGAGGAACAUUUUCUUCAAUAAUUUAAUUUUCGCAUCCAGCCAUGAUUUCUCAAUGCUUUAAGUGUGAGCUCCUGUUUUUGCAUCACAGCAUAAUUAUUAAUAAAUAAUAUAUACAAUAAUAAUAAACAACAUAAUAAAAUGUAAAAUAUCACAGUAACGUCAAAAUCUCAAAGUACUGUGAGUGUAAGGAUACUGAAAAAAGGUUCGAAAAUGCAACUAUAAAAAUGAAACCUACAGUAAUAUAAUUUAAGAUAAGAUAAUAAAGGCAAAUAAAAUAUCAAAUAAAUCAUAUAUAAAUAAUAAUAAUGAAAUUAUAUCAUAAUCAUAAAUGUGUAUACCCAGUAUAGAGCGCAUACCGAAUUAGCACUUAUUUUAAUAGGUUAAUAAAAUUAAUAAACUUUUGUACAAAAUAGACAUCUUUUUGAUUAUUUUUGUGUGAAAUUUAAAUUUCUACAAUAAAAUCAUUAAACAAAUAUUUUAUUUUAUUUUAGCCUUCGUCUACACGUAGAGGAACUUCUGGAAUGGAAGAUUGUGCUAUUUGUUUUGCGAGACUUCCAACUAAUGUAAGUCAAAUUUCAUUAUUUUUAAAUAGAGUAAUAGAACCAGUGGUUGGAAAUCACUAUUUUCAUUAUAAUGUGCUACCACUAUCGCUAUAUUUCUAAAAAAAAGAAUUCCCUACAAUUAUCUCUACUUUUUUCGACUGAUAGAGGGGAACUUUUUUAUUUUUGUCAAUUUUAUAAAAUGUACUACCCUAAAUAUAAGUUCUUACAAUAUAACAAUAAUUUACUUACAUUUAACAUUUUUUAUUGUAAAAAAAUAAACUAUUGUUACAUAUUUUAUUUUACUAUAGACUACAAUAAGAAUAAUAUUACUACAAAUCACGUAAUAUUUCAUUAAAUCCACAAUUUUAUUUUAGUAAAAUGAAGUAAAUUUUGCAAUGUUUUCCUAUAAAAAUUUAGUGUUAUGGCGCUGUACGCAACUUACCAAAAUAAAACUGUAAGCCACCAGUAUGUCUACAAUAAAAAGGUAGCACGGAAUAGUCAUGUCAGUAUAAAUAAUGUGCUACUUCCAACCACUGAAUAUAAAUAUAACACACUUAAAUAUAAUCAAAUCAGAAUAAUAUAAUGAUCUAUUAUUUAUUCAAUUUUACCAUACACUUUAGAUCCUGCCACAGUAUUUGAAGCUGAUAAAAACGGUUUCCAUUCUGUAAAGGUAUAUUGGAGCAUAUUUUUGUAUAGCUGGUUAUUAUUUUAUUCCGAUUUGAUUAUAAAAAUGCAAAGACAUUAAAUUAGUUAAAAAUAUAUACAAUCAAAUUUAAUACUAUUGACAAAUAGAAUGUAUAACAGAAGAAUGUAUGUUCCCUAUAAACAACUGUAUGUCAAAUUUUAUUUUAACAUUUGUUUUUUUUUUUUUAAUACCCUUAUUAUUUCUGAAAAUUAAGUGUUUUAUUAAAAAAAAAUGUAUUUAAUUGUAAUAUUUAAUAUUAAUUUCUGUGUAUUUAUAGAUGAUGACUGGAUUAGAAUGUAAUCAUCGUUUCUGUACACAAUGUUGGACAGAAUAUUUAACAACAAAAAUUAUAGAAGAAGGUGUUGGUCAAACAAUUGCAUGUGCAGCUAGUGGUUGUGACAUAUUGGUAGAUGAUGCCACAGUCAUGCGAUUAGUCAGAGACCCAAAAGUUAGAAUGAAAUACCAACAUCUAAUUACAAAUAGUUUCGUUGAAGUAGGUUAUACAAUCUUAGUUAUAAAUCAUUUUCUUUUAAACUGCCAAUAAAUAAAUUUGUAUUUAUUAUUCUGAAACAGUGUAACCGACUAUUACGAUGGUGUCCGUCGCCUGACUGCAACAAUGUUAUUAAAGCCCAAUAUAUUGAUUCCAAACCAGUGAUCUGUCGAUGUUUGCAUGUAUUUUGUUUUGUAUGUGGAGAAAAUUGGCACGAUCCGGUUAAAUGUAAUUUAUUAAGGAAGUGGAUCAAAAAGUGCGAUGAUGAUUCAGAAACUUCAAAUUGGAUUGCAGCUAAUACUAAAGUAAUUGUAUAAAGACUUUUAAUUGUACUCAUUUUUACAGUUUUUAAUACAUACAAGAUAAUUAAUUUUUUUCAAAAAAUUUAUAUUGACAAUUAUUUAAGAAACAAGUAGCUCUGAAAUGUCAUUUUUAUUUUUAAGGAUGAAACGAAUACCUACUUUUGAUUUUCAAACUAUAACUUAUAUUACAAGUUCCACCAAUAGAGUAUUAAUUCAAAUAAAUUUUAAUCUAGUCAUUUUUUAAAUUCUUUAAACUCAUUGACGAGAUAUUUCACUUUUAAGUUUAAGUAGGGGGAAAGUAGCUAAGUAUCAUUUGUAUAGCAGCACUGCACAUAAAGUUUGAAUAAUGUUCCAUUGCUCUUCAGCUACCUAAACUUAAAAGUGCAGUAUCUUGUCAGUGAGUUGACGAAAACCAAAAAUGUCAACACCUGAAUGUAUUAAAACUAUUUUUCCAUCUAUUUUUAGAAUUUUAUGUAUAAGUGCUCAUUUGAAAUCAAAAUUAAGUAUACAUUCCACCAACAAAAAUAAGGGUAACAAAAAUUAAUGACAAUGUAAGAUUUUAGAGAUACUUGUUAUGUAAUUUUUCAAACAAUUUUUUUUUUUAACUAACCCACACUUUGAAAUAAUGAGUGUAUCAUAUUGAAUAAAUUAUCUGAUAUAAUAAUUUAAAAAAUAAUGUUAUUAAAAUUUAGUUUCUUUGAAAAUAUUAAUUGUAUUUAUUAAUAUUAUUUUUAGGAAUGUCCUAAAUGUAAUGUAACUAUAGAAAAAGAUGGUGGAUGCAACCAUAUGGUUUGUAAAAACCAAAAUUGCAAAACUGAUUUUUGUUGGGUCUGUCUUGGCCCAUGGGAACCACAUGGAUCUUCUUGGUAAAAUAAAUAUAAUUUAUAUUGUCCGUUUGUAUUCUUAUUUUAAUUGUAAAAUUAUGCAGGUAUAAUUGUAAUCGAUAUGAUGAGGAAGAAGCAAAAGCUGCUAGAGAUGCUCAAGAAAGAUCAAGAGCAGCUUUACAGAGGUAUCUCUUCUACUGUAAUCGAUAUAUGAAUCAUAUGCAAUCACUUAAAUUUGAACAUAAGCUUUAUGCUAGUGUUAAAGAAAAAAUGGAAGAAAUGCAACAACAUAACAUGUCCUGGAUUGAAGUAAGUUAAAUAUGUUUUCAAUAUUUUUUUAUAAAAGAUCAAAUUUUUUUUUGUCAAACCUUUUCCUCAAUUUUUUUCUCAAAUAGCACUAAUAAAUAAUAGUAAGCAUGUUAGUAUGAACAAAUUAGAAUAAGAUUAUGGAUGAAUACAUUAUGAUACAAAUGUCAUAAACCGGUAAUCAGUGAAUUAAAUUUCUGAUUUUGUUUCAAUCAUGAAAUUAUUAAAGUUUUAUUUUUACAUUAUUUUCAACUCACGAUUUUAAACACAGAUUUUCAACACAGAUUUUCAACAACAGUUUUAAAUUUAGACUAGAUGAUUAAAAAAGAAUAAUUAACUUUAAAUCUAUUUUAGUUGAUAAAUUGAUAACCUUAAGAUAACUUUAAUCUGUCAGAAUUCAUUAACAGUUAAUCAGAUACUAGUGUUAUUGCGUGUCAAAAUGUUCAGACAAAUUUACUCUAUUUAAAUCUGUAUUUAAAAUAUGGGGUUGCUAUUUGAAAAUUAAAAUGUAUACUCAUUUAAGGUUAUAGGAUUCUAUAAUGAUUGAAAAAAACCAAAUUUAAAUUAACUUAGACUCUUCCAAAAAAAUCACUGGUUUGUGAUAAAUGGAUCACCUUGUAUAUAAGAGUGUUAGUAUAGUCAGGGUUGUUAAAAGAUAUGAGCGACUGCCCAAGUGCCAGUACGUAAAGGGCACCAAACUGAAAAUUAUUUCAAUUUUAUUUAUCUUUUGAUGUGCAUAAACGAAUAAAAUUAUAAAUAAUUUAAACAAUUUGAAAUAUAUAUUAUCCUAUGUAGUUUUAAUUGAAGAUAGAUGAUGGUUUUAGUUUAAAAUCAAUGUAUAUAGGCAUACCAACUCUUUUGUGCGUAUACAAUUUGUGAUUGGUUUACCCAUUUAUAAAUAAAUUCUUUACUGGGCGGUGGACGAUAGAAUGUUACUCAUUGUAGCAUUAGACAUAAUUGUACACAUAGAGUAGUCACUCUGUGAUGGGGUGAAGGGCACCAAAACAUGGUUUCGCCUAGGGUGUCAAUAAUCCUAGCACCGGUCCUGAGUAUAGCCAGAAACAUUGCAGGGAAUAUAUUAAGAUGGUAUGAUCUUGUUAAAAGAAAGAUAAAAAAUGAGAUAUGUAGUCAAGAAGAUAGGUGACUUGAGUGUAGAAUGUAGAUUAAAGCUGGGGAAUAGGUAGGUAAAAGAAAAAUAAUAUGAGGACACGUGGAAUAGACAAAGAAAUGUUCAUUAUAUCACUAAGUUAAACUAUUACUUUAUAUAAUAUAAUCCCAAUAUAAUUGUUAUAUAAUAUAUGUAUAUUUUAUUUUUUUUUUUUAAAUGGAAUAAUAAAAUAUUUGUAUUUAUAGACUAGUGCAAAACAAAUACAAUAACAGACCAUAAAUAAACUUUAAUGUUCAAAAAAAAUUUAAUUUUUUAGUAAAGUAAAUUAAGUUUAUAUUUUUUUAUAAAAAUGCAUCUUAUGAGAAGAGGGUAGAAGGACUUUUCAGAAGUUUUUUUUUUUUAAAUUUCUUAGUAUAUUCAAAAAAAAAAAUUUUUAUAAUUUGAGAAAUACUGAAAAUAAUUAUAAGCAUAUCCCGGAACUUAAAAUGCUUUAUUAUUCUGACAUGUAUACAUAUGUGUAAAAUCAACAAAAUAGGUAUAUAGUAAAAUAUACAGUAAAAAUUAGGAUUUUAUUUGAAAAUAUAAUAUUAAAGAAAAAAUAAAAUUUAGUUUGCAUACUAUUCUGCAUUUAUUCUUAGUAUAAACACUAUAAACCCCAGUUAUAAAUAAAACGGUUAUAUACAUUUAUCAUAAUCAAACUGUAAUAUUAUCGAUUGAAGUUAAAAUAAUUUUUUUACUAUGGAAUUUUUUGUGUUUUUUUUUUAUUAACUAAUUAACUAACUAUUAUUCAAUAAAAAAAAAAUCAUUAGCACUAUCUUCUUGCGUCCCUAUUAUUAUUCAUAAUGAAUUCAUUUCAUUAAACAAUAUAAAAUGCUUAAAUUAUUUUUUGCUGUCAUAUAAUCUUUGGAUUCUGAGCAUAGGGAGGAAUGUGAAUCAGUAAAUUCAAUAUAUUCUUCGCUGAUUUUUUUUUUUGUCCAAUCCUUUUCUUCUUGAAAUAUUUCUUUAAUCAUUAAGUGUAGCAUUGUUUUUACAAGAAAAUAUUGUCUCUUUGUUGCAUUGUAUGGUCAUUUUUGACUGUCCUUAUAGUUUUUUUUUUUUUUUAAUAAUUUGAAAAAUUUGGGAACAAAAAAAAUUUAUGCCAUAAUGGUUUUUAUUAUUUUCAAUUAUCACACAAUCUAAAUAACUAUUUCUAAAGUUUAUUUCCUCCUUAUUUCAAUAGCACCUCCGGUUUAUUGUCAGAUCCUGGAACGUUCCAAUUUUUUAAACCCACUGCUGCCACAUUUACUUCUUCCUCUUGGUUAAUGUUCUUGAUGAAUGGUUCUGCGCCCUGAAAGGUGGUAAAAGGUAUCAAACUAUCUGGGAUUGCAGUAUUCAGUAGAUUUUCAAAGUAUUUUUUCCACCUUGAUGCUCUGUUGCUUGCAUCCAUUAUUAUUUUCUAUUGUAGCUCUUUAUAGCUUUACAUAUAGGGCUAAUUGUUUAUACUGUUUUAUUGAAUAAAAAGAAUGUCUUAUUCUAUCCUGACUUCAGUCUUCUGCAGUUCGGAGUAUAUUGUUGAAACAUUUUCUUUUUUCUUAUAAUACUUUCUUGCAUACAUUACGUUCUGAUAUGAAAAGUUUCUAGCUAUCAUUUGUUCCCUAUCUAAGAUGAUUCUCUCUUGCUUUUCAACAUUGUAUAAUAGCUUUUUGUCAUUGACUGUUAUACUAAGAAUUUUUUGACCUCUUCAUUACACCAAUAUUCUUUUCUGCUAUUUUUAUGGUCGUUUUCCAGAUUGUUUCCCAGUCUAGAUCUACAUUGUUUUCAUAUAUUUCUUUGAUGACUUUGUCGAUAGCUAUUUGAUAUUGUUUUUUCACUUUUAGAUCUUUUAGCAUUUCAAUAUUUAUCCUAGGUUUCUUUUCGGCUUUCAUUUUUCCGGGCUUUUAAACUUUAUUUUAAAUUUUGCAAAAACCAGUAAGUGGUUUUUGUCGCAGUCAGCACUCCUAUAACUUCUGAUAUCUACUAUACUACUCCUAUAUCUGUGUUAGAUUAAUACAUGGUCAAUUUGGUUUUCUGUUCUAUCAUCUGGUGAUUUCCAUGUUGCUAUAUGGGGAAAUGAUUACUGCUUAUCGUCAUAUCAGUAGAUACUGCAAACAAUACUAGUUUCAGUUAUCGUUGUAGUGUUCGUAUAGGCUUUCUCUCCCAAUUGUGGGGAUAAAUUGUGAUUCUCUACCACAUUUUGAUCGCUAACUUCCAUUGGAGUAUGUGCGUUUACUAUACAUGUGUUUUUUGGCUUCAUUUCUAGCAUAAGUAGUGACAAUCUAUUUGAUAUCGGCCUAAAUUCUAUGAUGUGUGGCACUAACUUCCUAUGCACUGCGAAACAACUUCCAAAAUGAUGUGUAUUCUAUGCCAGCAUAUCUCCUGUAUUACUGCAGUAUCUAAGUUAAAUUUUGGCGUGUGCCAAUUCUAAAAAGGCUUGUUACAUUCUAGGUUGCUACCUUUAAUUCAGUGUUCUGUUUCUAUUUUCCAAUCUUUAAUCUCUGAUCUUUUGUCUGAGACUUCGAUAUUUGUGAUAUCAUAACUCAAGGUUUUUACUAGGCAGAAUUAUUAGCCUUACGCUAAACCCCCAACCUAGAGGACUAGACCUCCCAGCCAACUAAGGCCAGGGGUUGGCUAUUGCAGCAGCUUGUGCUGGGCAAUGGAUGUGUCACAUUCCCUACACCUAUAAAUACUUAUAUUAACAUUUAGAUACAUUAGAAAUUAAAAGAGAGAAAACUGACCUAAAUUGUGUGUAUAAAAUACUCAAUAAUUUGAUUGAUAGCUCUACAUUAUUGUCCAUGAUUGGUAUCAAGGUGUCAUUAUGUAAAUUAAAAUAUUUAGAAUAAUUUAAUUUAAUUUUAGUAACAACCAACUUAAUUAAAGAAACUUGUUAAUUUGGUCAUUAAGUGAUACAAUAUUGUAUACAAUUAUAUUGGUAUUAGAUUUUAUAUAUAAAUAAAUAAAGAAAGAAAGAAGAUAGAUAGCAAUAAAAAUUAUGACUAUAAAAUAUAUCUUAAGGUGUACAAAAUUAAAACUAGUUUUUCAAUAGUUAAUACUGUUACAAUUAUAAUAUUAUAUUGGCAAAUUAUUAUUUUAUGGUUUAAAAAUUAUAAUUUUUAAUUGUGUUUCAGGUACAAUUUUUAAAAAAAGCAGUUGAUAUAUUAUGUCAAUGUAGACAAACACUUAUGUACACUUACGUAUUUGCAUACUAUUUGAAGAAAAAUAAUCAGUCUGUUCUAUUUGAGGUUAAUAAUCAAAUAUUAAUUGUGUUAAAUGCAAUCUACUUAUAUAUUAAUUACUGACUUUUUAAUCAUUUAGGAUAACCAACGAGAUUUAGAAAGUGCUACAGAAACUCUAUCAGAGUAUUUAGAAAGAGAUAUUACUUCAGAAAAUUUAGCUGACAUCAAGCAGAAAGUUCAAGAUAAAUAUCGGUAUUAUUUAGUUUUUAUAAAUAGUAUAUUAUUUUUAUUUUUAUUAUUUUAUUUAAACUAUAUUUUAUGAAUAUAGUAAAUAAAUAUUUAAAUAAAAAAUGUAUAUGUAAAAAUAAAAAAAAUAAUAAAUGAAUAAAUGUGUUGCCUGAAGUAUUAUGAUUAGUGUAUGAUACGACCAGUUUCAAAUUAAAAAUUCAUCAUCAGGUUUAUCACAGUCAAACUAUAAAAUGUGACUUAUAACCUGUCUUAUAAUACUCCAGGUUACACAUUUAUUAGUUAAUUUAUUUUUUAUUUUUAUAUAUAAAUUUUUUAUUUAUAUAUUUAUUUACUAGUAUUAACCAUUUUAAUAAUUUUAUAUUUACUUUAUUAUUUUAUUAUAUAUUUUAUGGUUUUUCAGUUACUGUGAAAGUCGGCGGAAAGUGUUAUUAGAGCAUGUUCACGAAGGUUAUGAGAAGGACUGGUGGGAUUACACAGAAAGAUUGUGAACUAGUCACAUAUAUCUGUGAUAUAAAAAUAAGUAUACAUACAAAUUGAAACACUUUUACACAAACCUGAAACAUGCUUAAAAAAAAAAUUUUAACUACAGUAAAUUAUACAUUAUAUAAAUUAUGUACUAAUAAUUAUAAGUCAGAAUUAAAAAAAAAAAAAUACUGAACAACUGUAGCUUUAUUUACUAUAUAUUUACUAGUAAUAAAUAAAUUUAUAUUUUAUAAGUAGAAUGUCCUCGCUCUGUUUCUGUAUGUAUCUUUUAUUAUUAGAUUUUUUUUUUUAUAAUUGUUUAAGGUUUGGUUUUAAGGUUUUCUCAUCUCAUCAGUAUGUUUGAUGAAUAGAAAAUGUUUGUAUUUAUGUCUAAACAUAAGUUUAUCUGGAAUAGAUUGAUAACUGAUUUACAAUUUUAAAACUUGCUCAUUGUUUUAAACAAUUUGAAUAUAAUUAAAGAAAACAGUAUAUGUUACAAUAUCUGAUUGUGUAUACUUCUACGGGGUAUAACAAUAAUAGAUCCCGUUAGUAAGUUAGAAUUGCACGUUCAAUUUUCCUUUUAUCCUUAUAUUAAAAUUAAAAAUAUAUUUCAGGGUACCUACUCAUUACUGUGAUAAUAAAGAUUUGAGAUUAAAAAAGUACACUUAUCUGUAAACAGUUAACUUAAAAAAAAGUAAUGAGUUAAAUUGGCAUUUUUUUUUUAUCAUUUCAUCUAUUAAAAAUAUUACUGAUUUAUUUAAUUCUAUUUUGGCGCCUUGUGCUGUUAAAAACUUAAAAAACUGUUUUUACUUCUCACAAAUAUUAACAAUAGCAUUGAUAAUUGUGCAAGAUAUAUAGUAAAUAUGUAUCUAUUUUUUAUUAUUCUUUUAAUCACUUCCGUGUUUUCCCAGUAUAUUAAAAAUAUUGUACACUUGAUAUCAUACAAGUUAAUUACAAGUUAAGAAAAUAAUUCAUUAAAACAAAUUGAUUGCAAAUUGCUUAUAUAUCUUCAUAAGUAAUUUAUAAGCUAUGUAUCUGUAAUAAAUAUUAAAUACUUACAAUAUUCCAUUGAAAAAUAAAUAUUUAAAAUAUUAAAAAAACAAACAAACUUCACAGAUUUACAUAAUGAUUUUCACAUCUAAAGAAUAUAUAUGUGAUAAAUACAAGGCAUCUCUGCAUUAUAAUAAGUUAAUUAUUUUUCCUUUUGAUUUUGAAAAUAAUUAUGAUACAAUUUUUGUGUUGAUUGUGAAUUAUAAUAGGUAUUACUAUGUGUUAAUAUAUAAUAACCUAAUACCUAAAUAUUUGAUUGUGCUUUAUUUAUAUGAUAUUAACUUUUCAAUCUAUUAGAUUGAUUUUUUUGCCCUAUUAAAAUGAUGUAAAAUAAAAUACAUUAAAGUACAUAAUAAUAUUUGUAUAAUUUAGAUGUGUAAAUUGUUGUACCAAUAUUAUACCUGUCA